AUGCAAGACAGGAGCCUUCGGACGAAGCUAUUUAGCUACCAGAUAAAAGCCGCGAAUCCCCGGCUCGUUGAGCCACCAUGUUAUGGCGUCUCCUGGUUGACCCGGGCUAAACCUUCCCAGAAAGCUCAGGACAUCACAACGUUCUCUCCACCCGUGCGCUCGACGUGGAAGGUGUUGGUGAGGAAUGGCUGGUCUGGGAACUUUUUGCUGAGGACGUCGAAUGUCAUAUGGAAUGGUCUGUUGGCGCCCGAAGGUGAUAAAUCGAGAGUCGCGUUAAGGACAGGCUCGGCAUUAUUCGAAGGUGCUGCAAUGGCUGCCCUGAGGGGGAAGAGCAGGGCCAUGCAUAUGGUCAGGGGAGAGGUGACAAGCAUUGUUUCCUGCGAGGAGAUGGAUAAUUAA